UGGAAACAUGAAAGAAGCCUGUCUGAUCAAGGACUUUGUCUCAACCUGUGGCUCUGCCUAAAAAGCGAACCCUCACUACUCUGAUCUACUGGUCGUGUUUAUAAAGCCAUUUCCAAGCAUCCACUUGUGAAGUGCAUGUCUGGUCUGGUCACAGUGACUCACAGUUACCAGAAAGCAGCUGCACCAUUUCCUGCACUGAGCUCCACAUGGAUUUCACAAUGAUUUGGAGCUCCAGCAGCAGAUAGCCUUCAUACGACCACACAGCUGAAUCCAUGAAGAACUGGAGGAACUGCUGUCUGCAAUCAACUGUUAUUGUGUGAAGAUGAUGAUGAUCACAUGGUUGUUGUUGCCUCUGCUGCUCUGUGAGAGCAAAGAAGACGGACAUGGACAGGAAAAGGAUGUUUUGAAUUGUAGACAUCAGAAUCGAACUCUAACCGUCUCUGGCCAGAUGUUCCUGUUAACGUGGGAAGAUGACCCUUCAUGCUCCGCACUGAAGGACUCACUCAUCUAUGAGCUGAGGGUCCUCAUAGCAGACAAGCAAGUACAUUAUGAUGAAGUUGUUGUGGCAUCUGACCAGAUAGGAUCAACCCAUUCCUGGAAUUGGACGUCCCAUUUGGCAUUAAAGCACACUGAGCAUUCAGUCAGGCUGACGCCCCGAUACAACAGUCAUGCCAGCCUGUGUAAUUUUCCAGGGAGGCCGGGGAAAACAGAGGUUUAUCCACAGAACAGAUUCUUUGAAGUGGGCAGCACCGCCACCUUCUGCUGUCUUACCGCAGCUGGACAAAGCUUUAAGCAAAUGCAUUUCAGUGGUUACAACACAUCCAGCAUGAUUACUGAGAUCAGGAAUCAGACAUAUGCCCUGUCUGUCCACUUUCACCAGACAAAAGCCCGCUAUGUUGAUGUAGAAUGUCGGACAGACGUCACACUAGCAGGGGCUUGCACUUACAUCGGCCGUCCACCUAAUGACAGAGAUCUUUGGUGUGAAACAUGGGAUCUGGAAUCAGUUGAAUGCCACUGGACUGUAGGAAGCGACGUUUCAGCGCUAAAUCCAACCACUUAUGAGCUACUGGGAAGCACAUGUCAACAUGGAAACGAGGGAAGAUGCUCUGUGAAGAAGCUGGUGGAGGCUGGUGAGGAAACCUGGAUCUUAACAGCUCAGAAUAAAUUAGGAAAGUUGCUGCUCCAUGAUCGAGGCGACCUGACAAAAAGAGUGCGCAUGUUGGCUCCAGACGGAGUUUCAGCUUCACGUGUUUCGGCCAGAGACGCCGUUCUGGGGUGGAGCUGGACGGUCCACAAGUACAGGUCUCUCAAUGUAACAUGCCAAGUAAAUGUUAGCCAUGGCGUCACCAGCACCAUCACUGAGGACUCUGGAGUUGGACUUAAUGCUUCAGUUUUGGCUAACCUGAUCCCAAACUGGACAUAUAACGUGCAAGUGCGAUGUGCAACAGCUGGUUUCUGGAAAUGGGGCGACUGGAGCAACAGCACCGACUUCCACACAAAGGGUGAUGUUCCAGAUGCUCCAGAUGUGUGGAUGCACAUGGAGGAAAACGACACAGUGAUCAUGUGGAAGACGCUGCUGGCCAAUCAGAGCCAAGGAGACAUCAUACAGUAUGAAGUGACCUGGUCACACCGCAGCAUGAGAGGUCAACCAAACCAAGUCAAUGUGACUCACAGCAAACACAACCUAACUCUCACUUUGGACCCCAGAGAAGAGCAUGUUGUCAUAGUAACAGCCAGGAACAAACAUGGCAACUCGUCACCGUCAACCAUCGUCAUCCCCAGCAACCGUUCAGACAAAACCAGUGUGAAAACUCGGAUCACCGGCCAGGAAGGAGGGUUCGACCUGUCAUGGCCCUACAGUCCAGCAGCUAGUUGUGGUUAUGUGGUGGCCUGGUAUCCUGACGUUAAACUGGGACCCGUAGAGUGGCUAAAACUGCCUCCCAAUCAGACAAGCACCCGGAUAAAAAACUUCAGAGAUGGUUGGAGAUACUCGUUGUCUAUUUACGCCUGCACCCAGGCAGCUCCAGAGCUGCUCGCCAUCAUGGAGGGCUACACCAGAGAGAUAGGGAUAGAAAAAGAGCUGUUUAAACUUAACUAUGAACAGCAGGACUCAGGUGUUGAGAUAUCGUGGGAUCCCGUUCCACUGAGACAGCAGAGCGCUUUCAUCCAAGGCUAUGUUCUGCGCUGCUGGUCCGAGGAUAAAGAAGUCUUCAAUGUGAGCACAGACAAUCCUGCGGCCACCAGUCUGAGAGCAGCCAUCCUGAAGCCAAAUACAUAUUUGUUCAUGGUGGCAGCGCAGACAGCAGUCGGUGAAGGCGGAAACACUACUAUCUCCAUUCACGUGGACACGUGGGUCGAUAAACUGAUCAAGUCAGUCUUCAUUUCUCUGGGAGCUGUAUUUUCCCUCCUCUUCUUCUUCACCAUCCUCUGCCACAGAUACUGGGCAUGUAUUAAACAGAAGAUAUAUCCUCCACUGCCAAAGCCAGUGUUGACAGACAAAUGGAUGACAUCACCUGUUGUUCAUGGUUAUCCUGCUCUUCUGAGUCACCACAGUGAGGAAAGUCUGGAUAUCCCAGAGCUGCUUUAUAAACGUGAAGAGGACGUGUCUGGUGAUGCCGUACAGGAACACCUGUCUUCUCCUGUCGAUUACUACAACAAGCACCAUGAACAGUACAUUCCUCCACCCCUCAAUGUCCCCAACCCAUCCAUCCCACAUCCAUCACCUUCUUCCUUUACAUUUCCCAACCCAUCAUAUAACCUGCUGAUUAAAGGCAGGGACCAGGCAGAGCCUGAUGUUCAGAAGGGGACGCCUUCAGUGACCGUUUCCAGUGAAUACCAGCCUCAAAGCUUCAUGGCAACAAGUCUAACCCAUGCAGAGGAACCAACGGAAGCAAUGCCCUGCGACCCCACUUACAUUUUGUUACCACAGCUACCAAACCCAUAGCUGCUCCACUAAUGUGAUGACGGCAUUCUGAGCCUUUCCCAGUAGCUCAGACUACACUUAUACUGGACAUCAAAUGUUUCUGUAGGCACAUCCUUGCUGGUUAGCAUGUGUCAACUACUGAAUGGUGAAACAGAAGUUUAAGCUGGCUAACACGUCGUACCAACCAGAGAACGUUGAGAUCCUGAAGCUGUCAGACAGAAAAAUGACAAGCUAACCGGGUUCAGAGGCCAGUGGCAAAGAGCUUCUUCAUCAGAAUUAAAACAAAAAUAUCCAUAAAUUAAAUAAAAGAGAAGAUUAAUGGCAUAGGCCAGUCUGAAGAGGGGCUUUAAAAGGAGGGAAAGACCUGAUGGUAUGGAUGGAUCACAGAAAAGAGUUCUAGAGGGAAAGAGCUCUAUGGAUAAAAGCUCUAAACUUUAUCGUGGACACAGGACAGAUGAAGUGAAGAAUUUUUAAAUCAAUUUUUAAAUCGUGACGCAGGGAGAGAGUUAAAAUGAGCCUGUUUGGACCAUAAUGUCAAAAAUAGUAAGUUCUUUGAUCAUUUCAGUAAAUGGAUCUGAUGAGUUUGCAUACACUGCAGAAAUACAGCGAUCUAAAAACCAUGGCUUACAUGUACAUGGUGGUAUUGUAUUGACGCCUACAGUCUUAGCAUUAGCUAAUGUGGGAGCUAACACGUUGUAAAACGGACUACAUGCCGCUGCUGAUGAUGGCUGGGUUUCAUGCAGCAAGCAUCUUCCCUUGGUCUCAGCGUGACAGAGGUUCCCUUUUUUUCUUUUGGAAUUUUUUUUGACAUGUAAAAGAAUUAUUUAAAUUUGAUUUACAGGUCUACAUGCACAAAGACAACAAGAAGAAAAAUCUGAUUUCUGUUUACAUGCUCAUGGUGUAACAAUAAUCUGAUUUUUUUCAGUUAGAUUAUUAAAGUGAUUAUGUAGACAGCAUAAUCUGAUUAUGCUUUAUCAGAUAAUAGCUGUUAUCUGAUAAUGAGAAAUUGAAUUAACAUACAUAAGGUGUGUCCAAAUUCAGGGUCUGCACACUACAGAGUGUCCUCCGUAGUCUGCACACUUUGAAGUCUGCUUAACGUUAGUGAAAUGGGACAGCCUACCUAGCCAACAAGAAUUUCCCAUAGCAACAACACAGGAUGCUGAAUCACUUAAACCUCUGAAAUUACUCAUAGGACACUUCAGUGAACGUUAAAAGCGACCGGAAACACUGACAGUAAAAAAAAAAAAAAAAAACAGUCUGUGGCUCUGUUGUUUUCCAGCCGGUACACACGUCAUUAACCCCUUAAAAAUCCAUGAAUAUCAAAUAUUACCGAAUUCUAAUGUCACCAUUUAACAAACAUGCCUUUAAUGUACUUGGUUUUGUAACGUUUCUACUAAAACGUACUGACGAAGUGCGGAUUUGAAGGGUGGAUUCGCAGGGUCCUUCAAAUUCUGUGAAUUAGGACAGUACUUCGUGCCCCGUGAUGACGUAUGUGGCCGACGAAUCCUCACUUCGAAGUGUGCCAACCCUGAAUUGGGACACACCUAUAGUUCUCCCCAAUACCCAAUGUCUUUGUACAUGUUUUUUUUUUUUUUUUUUUUUUUACAUCUGUGCAUGUGCAAAAUACAAUAUUAAAAAAGUGACGUUACAAUGUGAGCAGAGCAUAAAAGGAAAACACAAUGUCAGGAACUCAGAGUAUAAACAAAGUGGAUUGUGUAGCCGAGGGGUGUCAAACUCUGGUUUUCUUUGUUUCCCUGAUCUAACACACCUGAAUAAAAUCAAAUGGAUCCAACAGCAUUUUGUCAACUUCUUCACAAUAACCCAUUAAUUUCAGUCAGGUGUGUUAGAUCAGGGAUACCGGCCCUCGAGGACCGGAGUUUGACACCUGAGGUGUAGUCUAUUUUGCAGAAAAAUAGCUCCCACAUUAGCAGCUAACGCUAAGACAGCGGGCUCCCACAUUAGCAACAAAUGCUAAGACAGCAGGCGCCCACAUUAGC